CAUCUAUCUGCCUAGUUCUCUUGAGUCGCUUAACGUCCGCAGCUGGAAGGGUAAAAACGUCUUCGAAGAGCUGUCAGAUGUAAAGAUGGAGUGCGGUGGUGUGGUCGUUCUUUUGCUGGGUCUUCUCUCCGUGGGCCGUGCUGCUCCGCCGAUAAAUUGUGACGCUCUCCUGAAGCCAAUAAGCAUCAGCAAUGAGCAAAUGUUGGGGCGCUGGCUGUACAUCGGGGGAAGCUCUGACCUCCCAGGAAGUCGAUCCCUGGGACAUCUGCUCAACAGCAUCUGGCUGGACAUCCGCGCCACCUCCCUCAGCAACAUGCUCACCAUCUUCCAGACGCAGAGAAUCUACGGUGAGUGUUCCGGGAUGAUCUACAACGUGACCAUGGAAAACAGCACAAUGUUGAUUGAGCGCCCGUUCUAUCUGAAGGAAGUGUACCUGCAGACCAACUGCUCAGACUGUCUGGUGGUCUAUGAAGAAGUCAAAUCCAACCAAGACGCUUUUCGGAGUCUUCUGCUUUUCAGCAGGCAACAGAGCAUCUCACCCGCUGAUGUGGAGAUGCUCAAGAUGCAGGCAAAAUGUCUCCAGAUGCCCUCUCCACUCAUGAUGGACCCAAGCUAUGAACUCUGCCCGGACAACAUUGCAACCUCGGAUGGACUUGCUGCCUUCAACUCCUUGUUAGAGGCCAAGAUGGGACAGCGGGUUGCACGAUUGCUGGACAAACUUUUUGAUAUCUUUAUCAACUGAUUGAAUUUGUGAUGGGAAACACUUUUACGGUGUUCUGCUUUCCACACAUCUGCGAACAUAUGCAAACAAAUCAAGCCUAUUGCAAGUAGUGUGUAGCUCUGAUUUGCGAUUAAAGUUCACUCACAAAACAAUA